GCCCGGCUAGUCCCUCCCUCCGUUCCUCCAGCCAGCCAGGCCUGAGCGAGCGAAGGGCGGGAGUCAUGGCGGAGAGUGGUCCUUCUCCUGUGGAUGGGGAUGCGGCGCCUUCCUCCUCCUCCUCUUCCCAGCUGCCCAGCCACUGCCCUCGGCGGUGGGAGAGGCUGAGACUGGCGGGGGGGCCCUGGGCGCGGGCGCUGGCCCUGCUGGCGGCGCUCGGGCUCCUUUACUUCUUGCGAGGCCCGCUCCGGCUGCGGGAUAACUUGGCGGCAGUGACCAUUUUCUUGAGCACAUUGACUCCAAAAUUCUAUGUUGCACUUACUGGGACAUCUUCUCUGAUAUCCGGUCUGAUAUUUAUAUUUGAAUGGUGGUAUUUCAGGAAAUAUGGCACAUCUUUCAUUGAGCAGGUAUCCGUGAGCCAUUUACGACCACUUAUUGGUGGAGCAGAGAAUACUAAUUCUCCACAGGCAACUUUCUCUGCCACUAGUGGAGAAAAUGAGACAAGCAGGCAGAGUUUGUCAGAGUGCAAAGUAUGGAGAAAUCCCCUCAAUCUCUUUAGAGGAGCAGAAUAUAGCAGAUAUACAUGGGUGACUGGAAAGGAGCCACUUACAUAUUAUGACAUGAACUUAUCUGCUCAGGAUCACCAGACCUUUUUCACAUGUGAAACGGACUCAGUUCGACCUUCAGAUGCAGUUAUGCAGAAGGCAUGGCGGGAGAGGAACCCUCAGGCCCGAAUAAAAGCAGCAUAUCAAGCUUUAGAAUUAAAUAAUGAUUGUGCCACAGCAUAUGUUCUUUUGGCCGAGGAAGAAGCAACUACUAUUGUGGAUGCUGAGAAAUAUUUUAAGCAGGCUCUGAAAGCAGGAGAAACCAUUUAUAGAAAGUCUCAGCACUGCAGUUCCCAGAGUCCACAGCAUGAAGCACAGUUUAGAAGAGACACCAAUGUACUGGUUUAUGUGAAAAGAAGACUAGCUAUGUGUGCAAGGAAGCUUGGAAGAAUUAAAGAAGCAGUAAAAAUGAUGAGAGAUUUAAUGAAAGAGUUUCCUCUCCUAAGUGUAUUGAAUAUACAUGAAAACCUCCUAGAAUCACUUCUGGAACUACAGGCUUAUGCUGAUGUCCAGGCAGUUCUAGCAAAGUAUGAUGACAUCAGCCUUCCAAAAUCAGCAGCGAUAUGUUACACAGCAGCACUCUUAAAGGCCAGAGCAGUUUCAGAUAGAUUCUCUCCAGAAACAGCCUCUAGAAGAGGACUUAGUACAGCAGAGAUUAAUGCUGUAGAGGCAAUUCACAGAGCAGUUGAAUUUAAUCCUCAUGUUCCAAAGUACUUGCUAGAAAUGAAAAGCUUAAUUUUGCCUCCGGAGCAUAUCCUGAAACGUGGAGACAGUGAAGCAGUGGCAUAUGCUUUCUUCCAUCUCCAGCACUGGAAGCGAAUUGAAGGGGCGCUUAAUCUGUUGCACUGCACAUGGGAAGGCACCUUUAGAAUGAUCCCAUAUCCAUUAGAAAAGGGCCAUCUAUUUUAUCCUUAUCCCAGCUGCACAGAGACAGCAGACAGAGAGUUAUUACCAACAUUUCAUGAUGUGUCUGUGUACCCGCAGAAGGAACUUCCUUUUUUCAUCCACUUUACUGCAGGGCUGUGCUCUUUCACAGCAAUGUUAGCGCUCCUCACACACCAGUUCCCGGAACUUAUGGUCAUUUUUGCUAAAGCUUUCUUUGGAACUCUUUUGUCACCCUUGAGCUUCAUGAUGGAGAAGAUUGAGCGCCUCAUGCCUACUGGUCUUUGGCAUCAGCUGACCCAAAUCUGAGUGAACUCAGUCCUUGGGUCAGUGUUCUCAGGAACUCCACCACCAACACCCUCUCUAGCACAAAAGCAUCUGCAGCUGUGGGUGUCAAGGAAGACAAACUCCGUGACUUAGUUUUGUUUUGCAUCCUAUUACUGGUGCUUAAAAUUGCUGUACCUCUUUUUAAGCCUUAGAAUCUAUAACGAUUUAAGAACACCAUGUUUGGUGGGACGGGGAGGGCAAGAGUGUUACGCUCACUUUAGCUGUACAAUUUGAGAUUACUGCUUUCUUUCCAGAAAUUCCAGAAAGCAAUAAAUCUGAUAGACUGUGUGUUGAAA